AUGGCUGCGCCAUCUCACCGACCAAUUCCGGCACAGUCGUCCCCGCCGCCUGCUGCGGCAACCGCCUCUGCUAUUCUCGAAAAGACUCACCCUGGCGUGCGCCGCUCGACUCCUGACUCUGAUGCGCUUGCUUCUUCAGAUGACGACGGAGACCAUGGGGCCCAAGCCCAGAACAUAAUCCCACCUACUACCCGACCACCGGCACGCCGAACUUCGUGGCUCAAUGAAGUACCACUAUCAGCCCAACGCAAACAUUCCUUGCCAGGCGGUCACCUGUCAUCUGCUCCGUCUAAUCCUACCAGUCCGGCUACCGACCAGGCUCCCUGGGCGACAAACACGAGCCCCGGGAUUCCUGGCUCGUUUGGGUGGAAUCAAGCCGGAGGAAGCUCUUUUCCCUGGACAGGUACAGGCAUUUGGAAUAAUGAAACCCGCAAAGAACCGCCACCUCGCCUGUCCGAAAUGGUUCCUUCUCCUACUAUGACGAAUCCGGCUCUCGCGAGCACCAUGCAAGAUGACAUGCUGAGCCCGAUUACUCGUACCAUGUCUGGUGAAUCCGCUAUUCCAUUCUCUAUCCCGCUACACCCUACUCCCAAAACUUAUCGAUCCCAGUCAUAUUCUGUUGGCCAAAUGGACCCCGAGUUCCUUGGCCUUGCAGGGAAGAAUGGCGCUGGCACUGGUGCUGGUGCUAGUGCUGGUGCUGGUACUGGUACUGGCCAAUUUGCUGGUCGCGCGCGCGGACCAGGACAGAUGUCGGCUGUUCAGCCUCGAACAUCACGUCCCAGUGUUCUCGGUGAACUAGGACACGAUCCUGCCAUGCUUGGUCAGGUCCGUGAGGACGAUGAUGGUGACGAAAGCCUGAACGGUUCUGACGGUGACAUGAGCUAUUCGGCCAACCAGGCCCGAAGGAUCGAGCAGCUGGCACGCGAGAACGCGCUCCUACGACAACAAGCUGCUGCUGCAAAUCAAACAGAAAACAGGUUCCGUGAGCGCGCUGGAUCAGCUGCGUCUCUAGGUGGAGGAGCUCAUUCGUUGCAUCGCAUCAGAGGUGGUGUUCCAGAGGAAGACUUGGCCGCGGAAGAUCUGGGAGCACUGCGCGAUCUUUCUGAAUACAACAUGCACGGCAACAAUAGACGUCGCUUCUCUGAGCACUCGCCACAGCCAGAAGCGCCAUUCUCGUCCUAUGCUCCCCCGCUUGAGAACCGUGCUUUGGAGAAUGUGCGAAAGGCUCACUGGCAAACUUCUCUCGGUUUCGGACGUGUGGCCGACAUGCCUCAGAGCCGUCGUCACUCUUUUGCAGAUAUUCCUAUGCGUCAUGGUUCUAUCGGGUCGGUUGACACUCUCAACUCUGCUACUUCACGCGCAGCUAUGGGAGAUCGUGAUGAUGGUUAUGGAAUCAAUGACUACGCUAACCCAUCAUACUACCCCCGCGAGCAAACCUUGCGUGGCGAUGGCUCCUCGGGUCUCCCUGCUUCUCUCAACCAAUAUGCCAUGGGUGCGUAUGGUCGCCAACAACCCGCCUUGUCCCACGCCCACCAAAAUCAGCUUCUAUACCUCGUCACCUUCAAAUGUCACCGCGCAGAUGUUUUCUAUAUCCAAGAAGAUACCGGUCUCCAAGUGAACAAGGGUGAUUUGGUAAUUGUCGAGGCAGACCGAGGCACAGAUCUGGGUACCGUUCAACAUGCAAACAUCUCCCUGCAAAAGGCCAGAGAGAUGAAGCAACAAUAUGCCGAAGAGCAUUACAAGUGGCUUAUGAUGUUCUCUCGGCAGGGUCAACUUGAAAAUUCCAAUGUCACCAACCCAGCAAAUAAUCCCAAUGCUAGAAGUGCGACCGGUGGAAUGGGUCCUCAUGGACCACACAGUGUGCAGGAGCCUGCAACCGACCUCAAGCCUAAGCUCAUCAAGCGCUUGGCGCAGCCCCAUGAGAUUCUGACUUUGCGUGACAAGGAAGGUAACGAGGCCAAAGCCAAGCGUGUCUGCCAGCAAAAGGUUGUUGAGCAUCGUCUGAACAUGGAGAUCCUCGAUGCCGAGUUUCAAAUGGAUUGGAAGAAGCUCACCUUCUACUACUUUGCGGAUUCAUAUAUCAACUUCAACUCGCUAGUGACGGAUCUUUUCAAGAUCUACAAGACUCGCAUCUGGAUGUCCGCCAUCAACCCCGCCUCAUUCGUGACUCCCCCAACCCCCGGUCUGCCAGGCCCCGGUCCAGGCCAAAUGCCUAACCCGCUCUACAACCAAGAGACUCCUGACCACCGUCAGCAACAUGAUGGCAGACAGUAUGGAGCGCGAGAGCCUGUUGACGUAGCCCGUGACAUACAGAAUCCAGUUGGGUUGAUGCGCACGGCUUAUGGCGAUUCCUACCAACCUUUCAACCAGCCUUCCCGUCAGCAAGAUUCAUCCCAAUCGGAUCCCUUCGCCCCGUAUUCUCCAGGAGGAUAUGGUCUCGAUGGAGCAUUCGAUUACGGUGCCGCUGGUGCUGUGUCCAACAGUGCCACACGCAUGCACCCAGGGCAGGGUGAAUGGGUGGGCCGGUUCCAAGGUCUAUCCCUCAACUCCUGA